AUGGCUCAGGAUGCGUUGCCGUUCUGGCUUGUCAAUGUGCCCCAGGACCAGUGGCCGCAUGAGUGCCCGGAGUUUCUCCAGAACUGCAGCGACAAGGAUAAGAGCAUCAUUGGCACGCCCGAUGACGAGUACAGGCUGUUGACGUGGGACGAGGUGCGGGAGAUUGUCAACAAGAACCGCGUCGACCUGUUUCAUCGCGUGCCAAGUGAACUACGGAGGUACCGGCAUUUUACACAUAGGCUGGAGAAGGACUACGGCAGCAUCAUGAACUUCAUGGUCAACGAGCGGCUAAAGUGGGACACGAUGCAGCCGAAAGGCGAGCCAUUCCAAUUCGACGAGGACAUCACAAUCCUGUACAACGACUGGCCUUACGGCAUCGACGCAGACAUUGUCCACCUUGUCGUGUGGACAAAGUUUGAGCUGGAGGAUGACCCGGAGACGGGCCUUUCGACAGAGGCGUCCAAGAGGCAGAUUCAUGACUACGUGCACAAGACGUUUGCGCCACAGGUCAAGGAGGUCAUCUGGUUCAAGAACUGGAAGAGCCUCAAGAGCGUGCACGCAGUGGAGCAUUUUCACGUGAUGCUGUACCGGCCAGACUUGGGCAACAUCUCAGAUAGAUUCGACAGCCUCAGCCCCGGGCCCAAGAGCCGCAGCGCACGCGACAAGCGCAUCCUUCAUAUACACGUUCGCUCUGCUGUCAUGUCAGAGGCUAUACCAGCAAUCUCCCGCGUCUUCCCGCCGUUCGUCCUCCUCCUCGCUGCCUGGGAUCCCCAAACCUAUCCCGCGCCGCUGAUUGGCUGCCUCCCCAGGCCCACGUCCUCGCCCGAAACGCACGAGAGCCAGCACCCCUCGCCCGACAAUAUCCACGACAUGGUGUAG